AUGGUCUCCCGCACUCUCCUCGCGUCGCUCGCUGCCUCUGCAGCUGCCAUCCCUUUAACCCCCAAUGCGGGCCUCCUCACCCGCGAUGUAAUCGACCACGACGCAGUCGUCGGUUUCGACGAGACCGUCCCCGACUCUAAAAUUGGAGACAUGUACCUUGCCUACAAGCCCUAUCUCAAAGUCGUGAGCGGCUGCGUGCCAUUCCCCGCGGUUGAUGCUGAAGGCAACACAAGCGGCGGCCUCCAACCCUCUGGCGGUUCCUCCGACGGAUGCGACAGCUCCACCGGCCAAGUCUACGCCCGCUCAACCAUGACCGACGGCACGGAUAGCACCUACGGCCCCGCGAUUAUGUACAGCUGGUAUAUGCCGAAAGACGAGCCAUCGACGGGCCUCGGCCACCGCCAUGACUGGGAAGGCGUAAUCGUCUGGCUCUCCUCAUCCUCCUCCACGUCCGCAGACAACAUCCUCGCCGUCUGCCCGUCUGCCCACGGAGACUGGAACUGCAGCACCGACGGUUUCACGCUGACGGACAGUACGCAUCCGCUCAUCCAGUACUAUAAUGUUUGGCCAGUUAAUCAUCAGCUUGGGCUUACGAGUACCGUUGGAGGCACUCAGCCGCUGAUUGCAUGGGAGAGCUUGACGGAUGCGGCCCAGAAUGCGCUGCAGACUACAGACUUUGGGGACGCGACAGUGCCGUUCAAAGACUCCACGUUCUCAGCGAAUCUGGGGGAGGCGACGUACUAG